UGAUGCUCGGUAUAGUGGCUCUCUGUGAGAUUUCUAGUGCCCGUGAUAUAGCCUCAAUUUCCUUUUUGCUUGGAUCUGCUUUUUAAUGAUCUUAAAUGAUGUGGAGAUGAUGAUGGAGAGGAAUAUGCUGGUGCGUAAAAGGGAGUCUCCAUCCUUCUCCUCUCGGAAUUGGAAACUGGAUAUGCAGCCAGAGUAACGCACAGUGGAAGUUAUAAAUGAUUCUCUACUUUUAACUCUCUGUAAAAAGCCUCAUAGAUGACAUUUCUUCAUGGAUUUGGUUCACUGAGGAGGAAACAUCUGCAGAACAGACAUGGCAAUGCCAAGUGUGGUGUUCUCGGACGUGGAAAGUUUUCUGGACUCGCAUCCCGAGUUGUUCGAGGACUACCUGAACAGAAAGGGGAAUUAUAGCAUGGUGGAGAAAUGGCUCAAGAAUCACAAGGCGAGCAAAAGUCCCGCAGCAGUGGCAGUGGCUGCUCCAGCUCCUGCAGCCGAGCUGAGUGUGGAGAAGAGCAACAACGCGUCGUGCAACAAGCUCAGCUGGGCGAGCAAAAGUGACGGUCUGCAACGGAGAGUCUCGCAGAAGGAGCUGCGCAAAACUUUCGCCAGAUCCAAGGCCUUCAAUGUGAACAGGACGUACGACGAGCACGUUAACUCCCGUGCCCAGGAGCCCCUGACCAGCAUGAGGAGGAGAGCCCUGCUGAGGAAAGCCAGCUCUCUGCCUCCGACCACUGCGCACAUCCUGAGCGCGCUGCUGGAGUCCAGAGUCAACAUCCCACAGUACCCGUCCACAGCAGUGGAUUUCAAAUAUUACCUCAAAGAGCACAACGAGAGAGAGUUCUUCCUGGAGCUUGUAAAAGACAUCUCCAAUGACUUGGAUCUAACGAGUCUCAGCUACAAAAUCCUUGUGUUUGUUUGCAUUAUGGUGGAUGCAGACCGGUGCUCCUUGUUCUUAGUGGAGGGGACUGGCAACAAGCAGACAUUAGUGUCCAAAUUCUUUGAUGUGCACGCAGGCACCACAGUUUUACCCUCAAUAAAUUCAGAUGAAGUUCAAGUGCCGUGGGGCAAAGGGAUCAUUGGAUACGUGGCCGAACAUGGAGAGACUGUGAACAUUUCUGACGCUUAUCAGGACCGUCGCUUCAGUGAUGAAAUUGACAAGCUGACAGGGUACAAAACCAAGUCACUCUUGUGCAUGCCCAUUCGCAACAGUGAUGGAGAGAUCAUUGGAGUUGCUCAGGCCAUCAACAAGACUUCAAGUGGAGAGCUCUUCACUGAAGAUGAUGAAAAGGUGCUGCAGAUGUACCUGCCUUUCUGUGGUAUUGCCAUCACCAAUGCCCAACUCUUCGGCGCCUCAAGAAAGGAGUAUGACAGGAGUCGGGCACUCUUGGAGGUAGUCAACGACCUGUUUGAAGAGCAGACUGACCUGGAGAAGAUUGUCAGGAAGAUCAUGCACCGUGCACAGACAUUGCUAAAGUGCGAGCGCUGCUCUGUUCAGUUGCUGGAAGACAUUGAGUCACCGGUGGUGAAGUUCACCACGUCGUUUGAGCUACUGUCCCCUAAGUGUAGUGCAGACAUUGAAUGCAGUUUCAAAGACAGUAUGGAGAAGUCGUCUUACUCAGACUGGCUCAUCAACAACAGUAUCGCAGAGCUGGUAGCAUCCACAGGACUCCCCGUGAACAUCAGUGACGCCUAUCAGGAUCCUCGCUUUGAUGCCGAGGCAGACCAGUUCUCAGACUUCCACAUCCGCUCUGUGCUUUGUGUUCCCAUAUGGAACAGCAACCACCAAAUCAUUGGUGUCGCCCAAGUGCUGAACAGGCUCGACGGGCAACCGUUUCUUGACCCAGACCAGCGUCUCUUUGAAGCUUUUGUGAUCUUUUGUGGACUGGGCAUCAACAACACCAUCAUGUACGACCAGGUGAAGAAGUCCUGGGCCAAGCAGUCUGUGGCUUUGGAUGUUCUUUCUUACCAUGCCACUUGCUCCAAGACUGAAGUUGACAAAUUCAAGGCUGCUAACAUUCCCCUGGUUUGCGAGCUGGGCAUCGGUAAGCUCUCCUUCGACGAUUUCUCGCUGGACGUUGACGCCAUGAUAACGGCCGCUCUGAGGAUGUUUAUGGAGCUGGGAAUGGUGCAGAAAUUUAAGAUCGAUUACGAGACACUGUGCAGAUGGCUGCUGACUGUCAGGAAAAACUACAGAAUGGUUCUCUAUCACAACUGGAGACACGCUUUCAACGUCUGCCAGUGCAUGUUUGCCAUGCUAACGACGGCGGGCUUCCAGGAGACUCUGACAGAGGUGGAGACCUUAGCGCUUAUUGUGGGUUGUGUGUGCCAUGACUUGGACCACAGGGGCACCAACAACGCUUUUCAGGCGAAGACGGGCUCAGCUCUUGCUCUGCUUUAUGGGACCUCUGCUACGCUGGAGCACCACCACUUCAACCACGCUGUCAUGAUCCUGCAGAGCGAGGGUCACAAUAUCUUCUCCAACCUCUCGUCCACAGAGUACAGUGCCCUCAUGCAGCUGUUGAAACAGUCGAUUCUGGCCACAGACCUCACACUUUACUUUGAGAACAGAAACACUUUCUUUGAGCUGGUCACCAAUGGAGAGUACAACUGGAACGUGAAGGCUCAUAGAGACAUGUGCAGAUCCAUGAUGAUGACAGCGUGUGAUCUUGGUGCUGUCACUAAACCUUGGGAAAUAUCACGCAAGGUUGCGGAGUUGGUGACCAGCGAGUUCUUUGAGCAAGGCGACAGAGAGAGAUCAGAGCUGAAGCUCACGCCCUCCGCCAUCUUUGAUCGAAACAGGAAGGACGAGUUGCCAGGGCUUCAGCUGGAGUGGAUUGAUGGAAUUUGUGCGCCGCUUUACGAGACUCUCGUCAAGUUGAAUCCCAAACUCCAGCCGAUGGUUGACAUGAUCAAAGCGAACAGGGCCAAUUGGGAGGAGCUGAACAUGAAGAGACAACGUGGCCAGAGUAUUUCUGCACCCUCGAGCCCCUGCAGUCCCGGAGACAGCACAGAAACAAGCGGCUGCACCGCGGCCAAAACGGGCAGCAUACCGUGCUGCAGCGGCGACGCCGACGGCACACCACCUAAACCCGUUAGUUAGCUUCUGAUGCCAUCUCCGAGCUGAUCUUGUAGGCUUACUUCCACUAAAAUGCAGCCUGCAACAGAGGCCGUGCAGUGCAUGCAGAGGUUCUUGGGCUCUGCUCCUCUUCGCUUUUUGCUGCUAGAGAUGAGCUUUAGACUUGAGCGCGGCGCUAUCAUAAGUGGUUUUUCUGCUCUCCUUCAGUCUUCCCGUGCUGAAGGCUGACCGAGCUGUGUUUGGCGAGCUUGUCGGAGCAGCUACAAAUCAGCUGAUGAACACCACGUCAGAAAGGAAAACUCAAACCACUGUGUCAACAUGUCAACCAGCGAGCUAACACUAACUAUUCUGGGCAUUGCACAGAUUUUCGGCUCAACAAGGCAUGGAGAAUAUUGGAGAGGAAUGUUUGUCUCCGCUGUGGUUCGUUUUGCUCUCGGUACCUCCUCGUUGCUCGCAUUUUGUCCGGGGUAACAGAGAUAUUUUUUGUAAAUCUGUACAUAGGCUAUGAAGUUAUUUACAAGUGCUGUUUGAGAACCUGUAAGCUCGGGAUUGUAAAGUGGCUGUAGAGUUUCUGAAGGAUAAAGGGGUACAGGAACAGCAGGACCUGUGACGGCGCUUGCAAUGCAAAUUGAGUGCUCCGCUCCCUCCCUUCCUUCCUGUGCCUUGUUUUAAGAUCCUAAUGAAAAAUGCAUGGCCUCCUCACCGGGAUUCUUAGAUAGUAGGGAAAUCCAUGUUGAACCAUCACAUAAUGUUUUUGCCAUAAUUUAUAAAAACCAAUGACUGCAGUUAUGUUUUGACCCCAUGUUAGCCACAAAGCAUUAACAUUAUAUACACAUAUAGAAAUCUAUUUUGCCCAGUUUUAUAAAUGCAGGGUGCCACUUGUCACACACACAAACACACACAAUGUGCCUUGAUGAAGUUGUUCUGGUAUCAAUUAAUUUCUGCGGUAAUUCCAUCUACUGAUUUAACACUGACUGCUGAAACAUAAAGUACUGUUACAUUUAAUAAACUCACUAAACUACUUUGAAAAUAAUAGUUUUGAUAUUGUUAUUUUAAGAAAUACACUUACUUCGAUGAGAGGAUACCACUCAGAUAUUCGUCUCUUAAAUAAAACUACAAUAAAAGUCAGAGCUUAGCACACGGCUUUGUUGAACACUCAAUUCUGGCUGCUCAA